GUACUCCUGAGGAUUAUCCACAGUAUUUCCAUAUGAAUCUCACAACAGCUGUACUCACACUCCUAAAGCCAAUAAAUAGGGAUUUACACCAGAAGUUUGACUUGGUUAUUAAGGCUGAACAAGACAAUGGCCAUCCUCUUCCUGCUUUUGCCAAUCUGCAUAUUGAAGUCCUUGAUGAGAACAAUCAGAAGCCUUACUUCACAGGAUCUGCAUAUGAGGGCUUCAUCCUGGAAUCCUCCCCAGUGGGAACGACCAUCUCUGACAACCAGAAUCUAACUUCUCCGCUACAAAUCGUUGUAUUGGACAAUGAUGUGGAGGAGACUAAGGAUCCCCAGCUCCAUCUCUUUCUGAACGAUUACAAUACGUUUUUCACUGUGACUCAGAGUGGCAUCACCCGCUACCUCACCCUGCUGCAGCCCGUUGACAGAGAAGUCCAGCAGCUUUACACCUUCUCGAUGACAGCUUCUGAUGGUGUACAGGAGAGUGUCCCGGUGACAGUCAAUAUCCUGGUGAUUGAUGCAAAUGAUAAUUCUCCAACCUUCUCCAAUAUAUCGUACAAUGUCAAGAUUUAUACAGAUAUGAAGCCUGGGGAAGGCGUUAUAAAGCUCACCGCUGUAGAUGCGGACGAGGGACCCAAUGGACAGAUAGUAUAUGAAAUUUUGGCUGGGGAUCAGGGAGACUUCAUCAUCAAUGACCGAACAGGCCUUAUCACCAUUGCUCCAGGAGUUGUAUUGUCAGUGGGGCGAUCCUAUGCUCUCACUGUCAAAGCAUCUGAUAGUGCUCCUCCUGCGCAGAGAAGGAGCUCUAUUACUACUGUUUACAUUGAGGUCCUUCCACCCAACAACCAGAGCCCUCCCCGCUUUCCUCAGCUGAUGUACAGCCUUGAAGUCAGCGAGGCCAUGAGAAUUGGAGCUGUUUUGUUAAACCUGCAGGCUUUUGAUAGAGAGGGUGACCCUAUAAGAUACCUCAUUCAGAAUGGCGAUCCUCAACAAGUUUUUAAUCUCUCUCAAAGUUCUGGACUGCUAGCCUUAGGAAAGCCCUUGGACAGAGAAAGCACUGAUCGCUAUAUUCUGAUUGUUACAGCCUCGGAUGGCAGACCAGAUGGGACCUCAACUGCUACUGUUAAUAUAGUGGUGACGGAUGUAAAUGACAACGGGCCAGUUUUUGAUAUGUUUCUACCUAAAAACCUGUCCGUACAGGAAGAGGAAGCCAAUGCUUUUGUGGGUCAAGUAAGG